AUGAUGGCAACAUUGCAGAAUAAAGAAGAAUAUGGGAAGGGACCAAAGAAAACCUUUGCUCCACCUGUACAAAAAUUGCAUAGACUGAUGCCUUUGAGCCCUAACUCACUCAAGGAGGACACUCGGGAGAUCAGUUCCCCAGAGGCAGAGGCCACAGCAAGCCUGCCGAAGGCCAGAUUAGAGAAGAAGAAUGAGAAGGCCCACACUGAGAAUGGUCCAGGCAGCGGGCAGGAGGAGCGAGGAAAGAAUCUAUGCAACAAGCAAGCAGAAGGGAAAGUAGAAAAGGAAAGGACAAGUCUUACCAAUGCAGAAUUUGAGGAGAUUGUUCAGAUUGUGCUACAGAAGUCCCUACAGGAGUGCUUGGGGAUAGGAUCUGACCUUGGUUUUGCAGAGACAUCCUGUGUGCGGCCCAUAGGAUAUACCCAGUCAGGCAAGGAACGAGGAAUUGCUUCUAUAACUGCUGCUAGUGAUAGUGCUGAUGGCUCUGGCAAGAUACCUAUUUCAAUUGGGAAAAAGACAAAUCAGUUUGUUGUCUGGGUCCAGUGUUCUUCCCCAAACUGUGAGAAAUGGAGGCGACUGCAUGGGAACAUUGACCCCUCCACUCUCCCAGAUAACUGGUCUUGUGCCCAGAAUAUAGUGGAUAGGGAAGGCUAUGGGGUCUAUGAGGAAAAGAAAAUAAGAGAGAUACAGUGGCCGGGCAUGGUAGAAUCUGAUCCUGACCUGGGGGAGUAUUUUCUUUUUGCUUCUCAUCUUGAUUCCCUGCCGAAAAAGUACAAGAACAAGGACUGCAUCCAGAAACUGGAGGCAGCCCUAAAGAUGGCUCAAGAGGCAGAACAGGUCAACAUUCAGGCCCCCAUGAAUGUCAUUGACCAGAUAUCUGGGAUGAUUGGACGGGUGGAGAGAAGAAUAAACAAAAACUUAAUGCUCUCUGGGCCUAACAGCUCAAAUUCCCGCUUUGAGAAAGAAGAGGAAGUAGAGUCAGAGAUGGAGGAGGAGGAAGAAAAAAAAAUAGAAGGGCCUGGGCCCCGGGAACCACUGUGCUGGGAAGCUGGAGGGGCUGCACCUGAAGAUGAAGCCUCCAGUGACUUGGACCUGGAGCAACUCCUGGAAGAUGUUGGAGAAGAGCCUGAGCCAAGAGAGGAGUCGCUGCGCAGAGAUGCCGGGGAGGACGUCACCAUGGCCUUAUUGGAGGAGUAA